UCUAGUUAUCGCUUGGUUGAUAAACUCUAUCGAUAGGAAAGCCACACUUAUUUCUGCCCACAGCCAAGGAUGUGUGGGACGCUGUCCGGGAUAUGUAUUCCGAUAUAGAGAAUUCAUCUCAAAUUUUCAAUCUCAAGACGAAAUUGUGGAAAUCAAGACAAGAAGAUAGAGAUGUUACAACCUACUACAAUCAGAUGGUAACUUUAUGGCAGGAAUUGGAUCUUUGUUAUGAGGAUGAAUGGGACUGCCGUGCAGACAGUGUUCGAUACAAAAAACGGGAGGAGAACGACAGAGUCUAUGUCUUCUUGGCCGGACUAAAUCAAGAACUUGAUGAGGUGCGAGGUCGUAUUUUGGGCAGGAAGCCUCUCCCCUCCAUUCGUGAAGUAUUUUCUGAGGUCAGAAGAGAAGAAUCAAGGCGUAAGGUGAUGCUAAAGUCCAAGGCAGAGGAUGAAGUUGAGACUUCAGCAUUGGUUUCUAAGGGGACAGAUUUGGACGGAGAUAAAAGAAGGAAGCCUUGGUGUGAACACUGUAAAAAGUCGUGGCACACAAAGGACACGUGCUGGAAAUUACAUGGGAAACCAUCGAAUUUCAAGAAGAAAAAUGGAGGUGAUAGCAAGGUGUUGCAGACUGUGAAUGAGGAUUCUCAAAAGCAACAAAUUGACUCUGAGACACCAGCCUUCACAAAGGAACAAUUAAGCCAACUGUACAAACUCUUUAAGUCUCCACAAUUUUCAGUCACUGAGCCAAAAAGCUUCACUCCUUUCUGUUCUUUUGCUAAAAAUGGAACUGACCACGGGGAGGAUGAUUGGAUGUGCUAGAGAAAAUGGGGGACUUUACUUCCUUGAAGAUGGAUCAAAUAUGACAACACCAAUCAAAAACACAUGUUACGGGUCUGUCUCUAUUACUAGUAAUAAAGAGAUUAUGUUAUGGCACUUUAGACUAGGACAUCCUAGUUUUUAUUACAUGAAAUACUUAUUUCCAGAUUUGUUUAAGAAUAAAGAUUCAUCUUCCUUUCAAUGUGAAAUCUGCGAAUUGGCUAAACAUCAUCGGUCUACAUUUUCUAUACAUCCUUAUCAACCCUCAAAACCGUUUUUUCUAUUACACACUGAUGUUUGGGGUCCCUCUAGAAUUUCAACUUCAUCUGGAAAAAAAUGGUUUGUUACAUUCAUCGAUGAUCACACAAGAGUUUGUUGGGUGUAUUUGUUAAGAGAGAAAUCAGAGGUUGCAAGUGUGUUUCAAAAAUUCUACAGCAUGGUUUUGACACAAUUUCAAGAAAAAA